AUGGACAGCCCCAGCAAUGCCACCAUGCCCUGCGGCUUCCUCCUCCAGGGCUUCUCUGAGUUCUCGCGCAUGAGGCCUGUGCUCUUCCUCCUGCUGCUGGCUGUGCACCUGGCGACCCUGAUCGGGAACCUGCUCAUCCUGGUGGCCGUGGCCUCCGCACCCAGCCGGCCGCCCAUGCUGCUGUUCUUAUGCCAGCUGUCAGCCAUCGAGCUCUGCUACACGCUGGUGGUGGUGCCCCGCUCCCUGGCAGACCUGGCCGCACCGGGCCCAGGCAGGGGCAGCCCCAUCUCCUUCCUGGGCUGUGCUGUGCAGAUGCAGAUGUUUGUGGCACUGGGCGGAGCCGAAUGCUUCCUGCUGGCCGCCAUGGCCUAUGACCGCUACGUAGCCAUCUGCCACCCGCUGCACUAUGCGGCUGUGGUGACCCCCGGGCUGUGCGCGCGACUGGCCCUUGCCUGCUGCCUCGGGGGACUGACAGUGUCCGUGGGGCUCACAGUGGCGGUCUUCCACCUUCCUUUCUGUGGCUCGCGCCUGCUGGUGCAUUUCUUCUGCGACAUCACAGCGCUGCUGCACGUGGCCUGCACGCAGAGCUACGUGGAUGAGCUGCCCCUGCUGGGUGCCUGCCUGGUGCUGCUGCUGCUGCCCUCGCUGCUCAUCCUGGCCUCCUACGGCGCCAUUGCCAGGGCCCUGUGCCGCCUGAGCUCCCCCAGGGGCCGGCACAAGGCCGCCUCCACCUGCGCCUCGCACCUGGCCGUCACCUUCUUGCACUACGGCUGCGCCACCUUCAUGUACGUCCGGCCCAAAGCUGGCUACUCCCCGCGACCGGACCGCAUGCUGGCGCUCGUUUACACCAACGUCACGCCACUGCUCUACCCGCUCAUCUAUAGCCUGCGCAACCGCGAGAUCACCGCUGCCAUCCGCAGGGUGCUUGGGCGGUGGCGGCAGGGCCAGCCACGGGCUCAGAGUCUGUGUGCGCCCUGA